CUCUCUCUCUCUCAUAACAUAACUACAUAAGUAUCACAGUUUCAAUCUCUUUGCCCCUUGCAACAACUUUGCAGGAUGCCCAGAUUUGGUUUGACCACAACCAUCAUCUCUUAACAUUUCUCUAUCUCUCUCUGCAUAAUACCCAAAUUUCCUUUAGCCACAACUGUCAUCUUUUUAACAAAAUACCUCUCUCUGUGUCUGGUGAAUUGGUUUAGACAUACCUACAUCUCUUGAACAAACUACGUACUCUCUCUCUCUCUCUCUCCUGCUAACAUGACACGCGAACACUUGCUGACUCUUCCUAGAACCAGUAGCUGCAAAACCAACAAUAAGAUAAUUCCCUCAAACUACACGAGAUCAUCAUCUCUCAACCCAGAAAUUUCAGAAAAUUUCAACGACAAACCACUCGUCCAAAAACGCACUCUUGGAAACUUCCAACGCCUAUCCAAAACCCGUUAUGGAGUCUCCGAUCUCAUCCGAUCAUUCCUCAACAUUUUCUCUCUCCCCGCCAUAAUAAUCCCCACCUGUCGAUGGCUUUCCAUACCAACCCAACUCUCAAUAACUCCUUCAUUAGGCCGUAAAGUCACCGGCACACUCUUCGGCCACAGGAGAGGUCACGUCAGCUUCGCCGUCCAAGACGACCCACGCUCUGAACCCGUUUUACUAAUCGAACUUGCGGUUUCAACAUCGACUCUAGUGAAGGAGAUGUCCUCAGGGAUGGUCAGAAUUGCAUUGGAAUGCGAGAAAGGCCGGCCGGAACGUGGCCGGCCGGCUAAAUUGUUCAACGAGCCAACUUGGACUAUGUACUGCAACGGAAGGAAGUGUGGGUACGCGGUGUCACGCGCGUGUAGUGAGUCUGACUGGCACGUUCUUAACACCGUCAAGAGCGUAUCGGUCGGUGCCGGAGUAAUUCCCGUGGUGGAGGACGGUGGUAAAGGUGGUGGUGGGUCGGAAGGUGAGUUGUUGUACAUGAGAGCGAGGUUUGAGCGAGUUGUAGGUAGUCGUGACUCGGAAGCUUUUUACAUGAUGAACCCGGACGGCAAUGGUGGUCCUGAACUCAGUAUAUUUCUGCUUAGAAUAUGAGGAAGAAGAAAGCUCUGUUGUUUGGAGGUGGUGUUUGGAUACAAGUGCAAGUCAGACAUGAAUGUGUUUGUGUUUAGUGACUUUGUAUUUUAUUUUGUAUGAUUAUGUACUUUUUAUCUUGUUUAUUUCUUGAUAUUUGACUUAGUUUUUAAUAGACAUGAAGGGAAC